ACUGCAUUAAUGCCUCAGGGACUGUACCUGAAGCGUUGCCCAAGAUCAUAAACCUGUAGGAAUGAAGGAAGAAAAUCUAGCAACAAAAAAUAAUGAUUCGCUAGCAGAAUAGCCUCUGUAAGAUCGACUAAAAAUAAGACCUCAUAAUCGCAGUUAUUCAAAUGCUGAGGGAUAUAUCAUAGACGUAUAGUGUGACUGGUGUUCUGAUUGGGCAAUAGCAUGGGGUUUCUCCCUCCCUCUCUCCCUCUCUCCCUCUCUCUCCGCAUGACACUUCAUCCCCUCAACACAAAACACACACCAACAUCUCAUUCCACCAGUCAUCAUAUUCUUCCAGGAAACCCAACUGGAAAGAAGCUCUACACUUUUCAAACCAAGUUUCAGCUAAUCUUACACGUCGAUCACCAUGGACUCCUCUUCAGACCCCUCUGCUCGAAACUCCCCGAAUCCAAACCCACCAGGUGCUUCUGGAAUCGGUCUCCCCCACCGGCCGGCAAGCAGACAAAAUCCAGACUCUCCUUCCAGUAAUGCCGGGAAUAACGCCCCAAUUCCGGAUGAAGAGCACGGGGCAGACUUGCCGUUGACCAUGUCGGCUUCGGUGGUGCUAACAAGCCUUCCCCGCGAUGCUCAUCAAGCACUAGCGGACGCGGAAGCCGUUGAUCAAGGAAAAGUUACCGUUCGCUUCCAGCCACUGCCUUCAGCCCCUAUUCUCAAGAACCGUGUUUUCAAGAUCAGUGCUUCCCAAAAGUUCGAGACGGUUGUCAAAUUUCUUCGGAAGAAGCUGGAUUGCAAAGAUACGGAUUCUGUCUUUUGUUAUGUCAACAGUGUUUUUGCACCUGGAUUAGACGAGGGUAUUGGAGGGCUCUGGAGAUGCUUCAAAACGGAUGAUCAGUUGAUCGUAGCCUAUUCAAUGACACCUGCCUUUGGUUGAGAUUAUACGAUGGACCUUCCAGCCGGUUAUGACUAAUACGACCUGCAGUAAACUUAUCAAUCUGCAUCGUUUUGAUGAUAGAAAACACUUGAAUUACAGCGAAAAGAAAUUUCAGAAUGCUGCGUCAGUUGGCGCAGAGGCCGACGACCGCUAUGUAUUACUACCUAAUGACUAUUUCCACCAGGUGAUGAGAAAUCAAACCGCCAUGCCAAUUCAGCAAACGCAAAUGCAAUGCUUUGACUUGAAACGCCGAAAUAAUAUAUCAAACCCCCGAAAUUAACCCCUCAAAAGAAAAAAGAAACUCCAGACACGGUCAUUCCAAAUGCG